AUGUCCUUCCCACAAACCUUCGCAACCACCCUCCUCGGCUCCGCCAGCCGGGCGAGUUCCUUUCUCAGACCUACCUCUACAUCAAUAUCUACAUUAUGUAGAACCAAUCUAUCGAUAUGUUCUUCAUGUCUCCUCUCCCUAUCAAAACCCGGUCCGACGACCUUCAUCCGUGGUAAAAAGAAGCUGGUGAAGAAGGCCGCUGGUAUUAAAGUUAGAUUUUUGAAGGAUAUACCUAGAUAUGGUCCUAAAGGCUCGAUAAUGAUCGUGGCUCCCGGCCGUAUGCGUACGAUCUGGUAUCAACGCGGUGAGGCAGAGUAUUUAACUCUUGAGAAAGAGAAAUCUCUAGGGAAACAUACGGUUGUGGAACGGGAUCCGGGGUAUACACCGCUUGUUGAAAAAGUGGAGGAGAAGACUGAUAGUUGGGAUGGUGUGGUUAAAGACCAGCUUUUGACGCCGGUCGAAUCAAUCAAAAUCCUCUCCACAAUCCUCCCCUCCACAGUCCGUUUCUACCGCUCAACAAUAACCCCACAAACAAACUCCCUCCACGGUUCAGUCACAACAACCGACGUCGUCAACGCCAUAAAACUCAUUUGCUCCGCAUCAGCCCUAAAAGAUGCCAACAGAGUUGUUAUUUCGGCUGAAAAUAUAAGUCUGGGGACAGAUGAUGGAGCCGUCAGGGUUAAGGAGUUGGGAGAGUAUCAGAUUGCGAUUGGAUUCAGAGGGGUGGAUGAGAUUGUCAGAAGGACCAUAACGGUUGUUAGAGAGGAAGGGGAGGAAGAUGAUGGGCAGCAGGGGCAGCAGGAGAGUAAAGGUACCGUUGUUAGCGGGGGUGGGGGAAGUUUGUUUGGAGGCGAUGAGAGGAGGGCGGAGUUAUAA